AUGUCUACAUCAACUACACCAUCUCUCCCCCUCCCCACAUCCCCCACAAGUCUAAAUGUCAUCGCCUUGAUUUCGGGAGGUAAAGACUCCCUAUACUCUAUUCUCCACUGCAUCCGGAACGGACAUAAGGUGGUUGCGCUGGGGAAUUUGUAUCCGCCUACUUCCACCACUACCACUCGUCAUGAGGAAAAAUCACAAGGAGAUGGCGAUGAUGAGGAAGAUGAGGAAGAAGACAUCGACAGCUUCAUGUACCAAACAAUCGGACAUAGCAUUAUCCCGCAGUAUGAAUCCGCGUUAGGGAUCCCGCUGUAUCGGCAGGAGAUUAUAGGGUCUGCGGUGGAUACGGGGAGGGUUUAUCGUGAUUCUUCUUCAUUAUCAACCGGAGGAGAAGGAGAGGAAGAAGGAGACGAAACCGAAUCCCUCAUCCCGCUCCUCCAACGCAUCAAGGCCGCUCACCCGGAAGCCAACGCCAUCUCUGCCGGCGCUAUUCUCUCCACGUACCAACGUACCCGGAUUGAGAACGUCGCAGCGAGGAUGGGUCUCGUGCCGCUCGCUUGGCUGUGGCAGUACCCGGUGUUGCCUGCGCCGGAGGAGAGGUUUGGUCUUGGGGGAGAAGCGGGUCUAUUGGAGGAUAUGGCUGCUGUUGGGUGCGAGGCGAGGAUCAUCAAGGUUGCGUCUGGGGGAUUGGAUUCGGGGUUUCUGUGGGGAGAUGUUUCCGGGAGGAAUGCGGGUGUUAGGAGGAGGAUUAUCAAUGGGAUGAAGAGGUUUGUGUUGGAUGGUGGGGAUGUGAGGGGCGCGGUGUUGGGUGAGGGUGGGGAGUAUGAGAGUUUGGCGUUGGAUGGGCCGGGUUUUCUUUGGAAGAAGAGGAUUGAGGUCCCCAGGUGGGAGGAGGGCGCUGGGGAGGGGGGUGUUGCGUUUGUGAGGGUUAGGGGGGCGAGGUGUGUGGAUAAGGAUGGGGAUGGGGAUGGGGUGGUGCCGGGGGAUGUGAGGAGGCCGGUGUUGUUGGAUGAGGGGUUUAAGGGGGUGUUGGGGGAGGUAUUGGGGAGUGAGGAGGUGGUAGGGAAGAGGGAGGCAAAGGUGUCGUCGUCUCAAGGGCAGAUGGAGGUGUUGCAGAGUAUGAAUGGUGGCACGUGGGUGGUUGCUAAUAUCUCGGCCCCCGAGGCUGGUCCUGGGGCUGCGGAGCAGAUGGAGGCGAUCAAGGAGAAUAUUGAGGCGAUUCUGGCUUCUACUGGGCGUGAGGAUGGGACUGCGUCUCGGACUACGGCUGAUAUUGUCUUUACGACGGUGCUGCUGCGCUCCAUGGCGGACUUUGCCUUGAUGAAUGGCAUCUACGUCUCCUUGUUCAAGAAGCCCAAUCCUCCGGCGAGAGCUACGGUGGCUUGCGGCGAUAGUCUGCCAGAGGGUGUGAAGGUCAUGGUAUCGGCGGUUGUGGAUUUGGGUCCUCGAGAGCAAAGGCAGGGUCUUCAUGUCCAGUCGCGUUCUUACUGGGCGCCGGCUAAUAUCGGCCCUUACUCGCAAGCCAUGUCGGUUCCCGUACAGGGUUCGGAGCACAUGGUUUACAUUGCCGGACAGAUUCCGCUGGAGCCGGCUUCGAUGGAGAUGAUGAGUGCUUCAGGGGAAGCACUGACGCGGCCGUGGAUUGAGAACUAUGCCACGCGGUCGGUGCUUUCCUUGCAGCAUCUUUGGAGGAUUGGGCACGCUAUGGAGGUUGACUGGUGGCUGGGCGCUAUUGCUUUCUUGGUGGGAGAAGAGCACAUUGAGACACAGGCCCGGCUGGCAUGGAACAUUUGGGAGCGGAUGCAUGCUCGUCAUGAAGAAGAAGACGACGAAGACGGAGAAUCAGCCUUGGAUGUCUGGGAUAUCAAGUAUGGAGGCCGAGCGCACGAGCAAGCCACGAGUCCAUCGACACCUAACUUGCCUAACUUUGGGGUGGUCCAGUCAGACGCUUUGGUUCCUGCGUUUUUCGCAGUCCAGAUAUCAGAGCUUCCCCGAGGAAGUGAUAUCGAAUGGCAGGGUCUGGGGUACAGGUGUGGUGGAUUGCGGAUGGCUGCAGAAGAUACGGAGUAUGGCCGCAAGACCACUGUGUCCACAGAGCAGAACCUCAGUUAUAUCGGCAUUGAGAUCGACAUGGAACAGUCGGGAUCUGAUUUGGACUCGUAUCUGCAGCUUGUCCUGCAGAAGCUGCCUGAGGUGGCAGAAGGUUCUCACGCGAUCAUCUAUACCAGUCAGCCAUUGUCCAAACCUGCGUUCUCCGCGCAGAUUGUUCCCUGCAAAUCUGUCUGGGGAGCGAAAGGACGAGAGUUGGCGGCAGGUGUCAUUAUACAAAGACACACCCCGGCAUCAUAG